CAAUAAAAAAAAAAAAACAUUAUUUGUUUUCCUUUUUUUCUGCGGAUAAAUGCUUUUUACAUAGUUUUGACAUUUGAUCAGUCAAUAUGGCGGCCUCUAUACAGUCUAUAAUGCAAAACACUUGCACAGAUGUACGUUUGUACUUAGUCAAAAGUCGGCAAUGUACAAGAGGAAAUCUGUUAUCGAAUAAAUAUUGAAGCAACUUUAGCUUGAACUAUUGAGAAAAUAAUAAGCCAAAGAGAAUCAAGUGAAUAAAGGUAUAUUGAAAGGUUAAAACAAAAUAACUGAUAAAAUAUACACUUGUUGAAUGAUAUUGACAUUAUAAAAUGUUCGAGUCACCGAGAAGUUUGCAAGAAGUCUGCAUAGAUUUUAUUUGUGACAAUGUCUUGGCUUUGUGCGAAGUACAUCCUGGUGAUACGAAUGAACAUUCCUCUGGAUCAUUUUCUCCUACGUCUUAUGAUCAAGUUAGAUGCCCAUUGAGCAAAAGUAGCUCAGAAACGUCAAUGACAGUUCGUACAUUGUCCAAUGACGUAUCACCCAGUUUGGCUACCAGACUUAGUUUCAAGCAUCCUGAUGUCUUUUUACCAACUGCAAUUUCAGAACUAUUAUUGUCUAGCCUUUGCGAGAAGAAAACGUUAUCUGAUUUGACCAUUACACUUUUUGAUUCUAAAUCAACUAGAUUAAGGCAUGUCAAAUUAAAAGAUGCAUCUACUCUAUCUGCAAAAGGUUUAAAAGUUCUUAAACAACAUAAGAUUGUAGAUUUGGUAGUAAAUGGUUUAAAGGUCACUGUUAAUGAUCUGAUCAGCUGUUUGAGUGAUUGGAGUUUACAAAAUCUUAGGUCGCUGAGUGUAGCUAGAGGCAGUUUUAUGGAUUGUUCUAGAUAUUGUGUGGUAGUAACAUUGAGCAAAUUACGUGCGCUGCAUACAUUAAAUGUCUCAGGAACAGAAUUUAAUAAGCAUGGAUUAGAAAUAGUGGUCGAAGAUCUUCCGCUCUUAGAAAAUUUAGAUAUAUCAUGUACUAGAGUUGAUGAUAUAUCGCCAUUAAGAAAAUGUAAAGAUCGUUUAAAAACUUUAACUAUGUAUAAUAUAAAAAUAAGUGGAUGCGGAAAUCUGAUACCUGUUUUAUUGGAAUUAAAUGAAUUAAGAAAUUUGGAUAUUUCUGAUGAAAAAGAUACAUAUGCUUUUGAAAUGUUUGCGCCUAAGAAACAAAAAAUAGGAGAUUUUCUCAAAGCUGUACAUUGUAUGCCACAUUUAACUAGUUUGGAUUUAUCUGGUAAAGAUGAAAUAAAUCCGAAAGAUUUAAAAGAAUUUAUUAAAAAACAUCCUCAUUUAAAAUUUCUUGGUCUUGUCCACUCUGAUACUUGUUACGAGGAUAGUUUAAUCAAUCCUGCAAAUGAAGAUUAUAGACCUGAUCUUGUCGUCAGUGGUACGGCAACCGAAUCUCAAAUUUUAGAAGCAUUAAGAAAGUAUACUUAUCGAUCGGUUUAUAUUCAAAAGUGUUUGUUUAAUCUAUUUCGUUUGACUCCAAAUUUUUUCGAACCACGCGUUGAUGUAAUCAAAUUAGUGCUGCCUGGAAUGCGAGAACAUCCACAAGAAUUUCGUGUGCAAAUGGCAGCAACCGCGUGCCUUUACAAUCUUACAAAAGGUGAAUCAGCAGUUAUGAUCCAUCCAUCAAUUCUUAAACAAAUAGUUGAUUUAACAUUGACUGCUAUGGAAUCGUAUCCAUCUCAUUAUCAGUUACAAAAAAAUACAUUAUUAACGCUCUGUAGCGACAGAAUUCUACAAGAUGUUACAUUUGACAAAUACAGGUGUGCAAGAUUAGUAAUGAAUUGUUUAUCGACAUUUGACGAUGCAUCGAUGAAUCGAAUGUCAGUAGCAAUUUGCUCCAUAUUAGCAGCAAAAAUAUCAACAGCAGAAACGUCUAUGCUCGGUGCCCAGCCGCAAUAUAUGUCUAAAUUGUUAACAAUGGUCAAGUCCAAAGUUCAAUCUAAAUCAGUUGAUAUUACAAUGAAAUUCACAUUAAGUGCCCUAUGGAAUUUAACUGACGAAAGUGCCACUACGUGCGAAGUUUUUUUGGACGAGGGAGGAAUGGAAUUGUUUCUUCAAGUACUUGAAAGUUUUCAAGGUGAAUCUAGCGUGGAGACUAAAGUACUUGGUCUAUUAAAUAACAUAGCUGAGGUUGUAUAUUUGCGGCCACGACUCAUGCAAACUCGUUUCAUAUCGAUGCUUUCCUUGCUAUUAGAUUCUGUUAACAUCGAUGUGUCUUACUUUGCUGCUGGUAUCACAGCACAUUUGUUAAGCGAUGGUCCUAGAGCUUGGAGUUUGGUAUUUUCGCAUCCUACUAGAGAACAAUUAUUAGAUCAAUUAGCUCAUGCCGUUACUCAAUGGCGAACUCCGCAAGGAGAGAUGGUCGCUUAUAGAAGUUUUCAGCCAUUUUUCCCUCUUUUACGUUGUUCAGAUGCAUAUCCUGUUCAGCUUUGGGCAGUAUGGGCGAUACAUCAUGUGUGCACAAAAAAUCCUAAACGUUAUUGUGGCAUGUUAACCAGGGAAGGUGGAGUAGAAACAUUAAAAUAUCUGGAACAAACGCAUACGGAAAAUACAAGUCAUCCAAAUUUGCGAUCACUGUGUCGAUCAAUUCUUGAAACUCUGGAAUCAAAUUCUUGUUAACAUCAACCAUUGCCUUCCAAAUUGAGAAUCAAGUACUAUGCAGAUAGUAUAAUACUAGUCAAUGAUUAUCUUAUUAAAAUCUUCUUAUAUUCUGUUUGUUAGACCAAAUAAUGAAAACUUCUGUAUGGAAAAAUGAUAUUCAUCGAGCAAGCAUUGCAAUCAAAACAGUACAAUUCAGUUCAUUUAUUAUUAACCACAUUGAUUUAACAUUGAGGGCCUGAGAUUGAAAAUCACGAGUUUAGUUAUUUCAGAUCAAAUUUUUCAUUUGACUAAUGAUGAAAUAAUUCACUUCACUAAGACAAUUAUACUGUUUAAAAAGAAGAAAAAAAAAACGAAAAAAAAAAAAAA